AACAUCGUUCGCUGUCCCCUCCCCUCAAGUCGUCUCCUUCCUCCCUUCCUUCCUUCCUUCCUUUCGAUUUUCGGGAUCAGAAACUUUUUUGCGCAAUGCGAGCGCGGGCGAGCGGCGCCCUCCGACGAGCGGAGACGGGAGCGACGGCGAGAUGAUCGGCGGUGGCGGUGGCGCCGCUUUCUAGCUUCGUUCGUUUGAUUCCCGCGCGGUUUUCCAGAUUCCUUUUUUUCUUGUUCCCCCGAUCGAUUCGUGGCCUCGAGGGAGCCCAGGAAACCCUAGAUCUCUUCGAGCUCUCUCUCUCUCUCUCGAGCCCUUCGGUUCUCUUCUUCUUCUUCGAGGUCUACGUGCCCCAGCGAGCGGUCGCGGGUCGGCGCCGGUUAGGGCGGAGCUUCUUCGGGCUGCUCUCCCCCCGGCGUGAUUUCCGGCGGGGUCGGAGUUAGGGCUUUUUGAAUCGGCGAUGGAGCCUCGCGUGGGGAACAAGUUCCGGCUCGGCAGGAAGAUCGGCGGCGGCUCCUUCGGGGAGAUCUACCUCGGUACUAAUAUACAGACAAAUGAGGAGGUCGCCAUUAAGCUUGAGAACAUCAAAACAAAGCAUCCUCAAUUGCUAUAUGAAUCAAAGUUGUAUCGGAUUCUGCAAGGAGGAACUGGGAUUCCGAAUGUAAGAUGGUUUGGUGUCGAGGGAGAAUACAAUGUACUUGUGAUGGAUUUGCUUGGACCCAGUCUUGAAGAUCUAUUUAACUUCUGUAGUAGGAAACUUUCCUUGAAGACGGUUUUGAUGCUUGCAGAUCAAAUGAUUAAUCGUGUUGAGUUUGUUCACUCGAAGUCAUUUUUGCACCGAGAUAUCAAGCCUGAUAAUUUUGUGAUGGGCUUGGGGAGACGUGCCAAUCAGGUGUACAUUAUUGACUUUGGUCUCGCCAAGAAAUACAGAGAUAGCUCAACUCAUCAACACAUUCCUUACAGGGAAAACAAGAAUUUGACUGGAACUGCAAGAUAUGCAAGCAUGAACACUCAUCUUGGCAUUGAGCAAAGUCGGAGGGAUGAUCUAGAGUCUCUUGGUUAUGUUCUUAUGUAUUUUCUAAGAGGAAGUCUCCCUUGGCAGGGAUUGAAAGCAGGAACCAAGAAACAAAAGUAUGAGAAGAUUAGUGAGAAAAAGGUUUCUACUUCAAUUGAGGCUCUGUGUCGUGGUUAUCCGACAGAAUUUGCAUCCUAUUUUCAUUAUUGCCGAUCACUGCGAUUUGAUGAUAAGCCAGAUUAUUCUUACUUAAAGAGACUAUUCCGUGACCUCUUCAUACGCGAAGGUUUCCAGUUUGAUUAUGUAUUUGAUUGGACCAUACUGAAAUAUCAGCAGUCUCAAAUGGCAACGCCCCCAUCUCGAGCACUGGGUCUUGGUGCUGGACCUAGUUCCGGGAUUCCUCCUGCUGCUGGCCAUGUGAAUAAGCAGUCAGAUUGCAAUAUUCCAGGUGGAGAAGACGGUCAUCCAGUCGGUUUAUCGUCUAUGGAUCCUUCUAGAAGAAGGCUAUCUGGAGCAACUGCAACUGCUGGAAGUUUCUCAAAGCAGAAGAGCCCAAUAACAAAUGAUGGUGCAAUUUCCAAGGAAGCAAUGAUAUCAAGUUCAACAUUUUUGGGGCGUUCUGGCGGAUCGUCAAGGCGGGCGGCAAUUUCCAGCAGCCGCGAAGCGUUUAUUGGUGCUGAGUCUGAUUCCCAUCGCGCUCGCACGACAGAAGCCAGUCCCGGAGCUGUCCGCAAGAUUUCAAGCGGCCAAAGAAGUUCGCCAGUCGGCUCAUCGGACCCUAGGCAUGCAUCCUCUGGAAGAAAUGCGGUACACCUUAAGAACUACGAAAACGCCCUCAAGGGCAUCGAGAGGCUCCACUUCGACAGUGACGAGAGGGUUCAUUUUUAAAGGCCAGUUUCGUGGAUCGCUGUAAAUCAAGAACCCUUCCAUGCAGACUUUGUGGUAGAAUAGGAGGCUACUCUGUCGGGGAAUCAACCAAGUUAAGCAUCCGAGUCCAGGUAUCUCAUGGCAAGCUCCGCUGUGCUGCUAUAUAUUUCAGGCAUCUGAAAUCCCGGAUUCAACGAGCAGAUGCAUGCGAAGUGUGAUGCGUCAUCUUUGGAAAGUCGGAUGUCCUUGGCCCCUUUUUCCUCAAAACCUUUUUAAUCCUUUUUCCCCGUGACUUACUGUGACUUCCUCCGGCAGUCGGUGUCUCCGUGUGCUUCCCUCUUAAGUUCUACUUUUAGCAGUAUAACACGAAUAUUGAUUUCAAGAAUUUUAUUUGGCCCUGUAAAUUGGCCGCUGUAUUUGUUCAUUGACUCAUACUUCCAGUACACAAGCCCCCAAAUGUUGUUGAA